AUGGAUAAAAGAAUUUAAAAAAGAAGGUUGAUAAUUCUGAUAGUAGUGAUUUGCAAUAACUAUUAGAGAUAUCUAAGAAAUACAAGUAAAGAGUAUUAUGACAUAAUUAAAAAAAUCAACCUAGACCAGAAAAGUAGGAAAUCCCAAUAUUAAAAAAAGUGGAGCCUCCUGAACUUCCACCUCAACCACCUUAACCAACGAUUUUGCCAUAAUUUAAAACUUUCAAGAAGAGUGAGAGUGGAGCAUAUAAGGUACCUUAAAAUCUACAUAACAACUAUCCUCAUGAAGUGUAUGUAAUUGGAUUAAAAUAGUCGACUUUAUUUGGGAAGUCUACCAGAUAAUUAAUUACAUUAGACAAUAAAUGGAAUCUAAUGGAGCUGUAAUUGAUCCUGGAGAUCCAGUGAUACAAGUAUAAUUACAACUGGGUUAGAAAUAUUGUUUUGUGUAAUUCAGAAGUAUAGAAGAAAUAGAGGCUGCAUUAUAAAUAGAAACAAUUAAUUAUAAAGGGAAACAACUUAAAUUCAAGAGAGUUAAAGAUUAUAAAAUAAGUUCACAUAUUAAGGGUGAAAGGGAAGUGCCAAAGAUUCAACCAAAAGGGCCUGCUAAGAAUAUAUUUGUUUGUGGAUUGGCAUCUGAUACUGAUAAUGAAAUUUUGGCUAAUAUACUAAUAUACUAAAAGAAUAUGGGAGUUUGAAAUCAUUUAAUGUAGUUAGAGAUAUAAAAAAUGUUUGUAAGGGUUGGGUUUUGCAUUUUGUGAAUUUGAAACUGAUUUAGAAACAAUGGAUUGAAUAAUAAAGUUAUUGGAGGUAGAUUAUUAUAAGUUAAGUAGAAUGCUUAAUUGCCUACUCCAACAUACGAUUAUAUUAUUGAUACUAUAACAUUAGGAGAAUAAUCAGCAUUUGAAUCUAAAUUAUAAUAAAUUAAUUAAACGAAAGUAAGUAGUGUUGCAGUUAGAAUUAAAAAUAUUGAAGAUGAUUAUGAAUAUAAUUUUAUUGUUAAAGAUUAAAAAAAAGAAAUUGAAAAAAAAAAUAGGUAGAUUAUAUGUAUGGUUUUAUCAAGAAAGAAGGAUGGUUAUUCUGAAGAAAUAGAAAGGUUUUUGUUAAAUUUGA